ACACUUCUCUGUUCUGAGCCGAAACAACUGUAGCUAGACGGAUCGAUAGACAACAACCAUCAUGGGUGAAAUGGCAGAACUCCCGGAUAAAUUCAGCUCAUUCACAAUGACUCAAUUAAACGAGUUGCUUGAAGACGAUGAAAAACUAAAUGAUAUUGUCAAAGAAAUGGACGAGAUGCGUGAGGUGCAGCAGGUGAAGGAGCUGACCCUAGGCAGUAACAUCAGCCUGGCUGAACAGAACCUCCAGCUGCAGCCGAGACUGGACCUGCAGAAGAACCAGCUCACCUCACGCUACCGCCACCUACAGGAGCUCUACGACAACUACCAGCUACGCAAGUCCACACUCGACCCUGGUACAGAGAACAGUUCUCUGGACAUUCUGCUGGCUCUGCUGCAAGCUGAGGGAGCCAAGAUAGAGGAAGAGACUGAGAACAUGGCAGACUCGUUCCUGGAUGGGGAGCUGCCUCUCGACUGCUUUAUCGACGACUACCAGCAGAGGCGCCAUCUCGCUCACCUGCGCCGCGUCAAGAUUGACAAACUCCGAGAGCUGGCGCUGAAGGGUCUCACUCGGCCCCCCCAGAUUAGCCGACCCCAGGACCUCCCCUCGACCAAUGGGGCCCCCUCCCCCCAAUUCACACGAGCAGCCUCUUCUCCCUCCCCUCAGCACAGCGGCCUACCCUAUCCAGUCACCCCCUAUCCCCCAAUGCCUUUCCCCAGCUGCCCUAACAUGCCCCAGCCCUACCUUCAAACCUCCCAGCAACACCCCAUCUCUCACUCUCCACAUCUGCCCCCCAGGACUGGCUUCAUCAUGCAGUGAGGUAGUCUGUCUCCAUAGAAACGCCAUGGAUGACCUUCCCUACCUUUUGACCUGUGGCACACUGAAGGGUUGACCCAAUUACAGCCCCUCUGUCAGUAACACUGAGGGAAACGGCCUCUGACCAGCUUCUCAGAGGCUCUCCGCUCUCAGACAGACUCUGUCCAGUGACUACAGCCUGGACGUUAGGGGUUGGUUCUCUUGUAGUAUAAUUCCAAGACUAACUUUCUGAUUUAAUCUUCUGAACACAUAGUUAAACCGAACCAUCUGUCUUACUGGUAGAAAUGCUAUCAGCUAUGGUAACUUUCAGUAUGUUUUUGUAAGCUAAAGGUCCCUCAAAGGAUGUGC